GGAGGCCGUGUGGGGCGGGGCCUGUUUGAAGCGGGGACUCGGGGCCGCGCGGGGCGGAGUCUGGGGGCGGCGGGGCCGCGCCGGCAGCAUGAGGGCGCACGAGCAGGAGCUGAAAAUGGAGAGCGACAUUCUAGACGCGUUGGAGGCUUUGGGGUAUAAAGGUCCCCUGUUAGAGGAGGAAGCACUUAGCAAAGCAGUAGAAAAUGGAUUAUCUUCACCAGACUUUUCUGAGCUUUGUGUUUGGUUAAGUUCCGAAAUAAAAUCAGUGUGUGACCUGGAAGAAAGCAUCACUUCAACAGCUGGUGGGGAAGAUGUAGAGAGCUUCCAGCUUGAGAUUAGUGGUUUUUUAAAAGAAAUGGCUUGCCCAUAUUCAACACUUGUGUCUGGAGAUAUUAAGGACAGGUUAAAAAAGAAAGAGGAUUGUCUUAAACUCCUGUUAUUUUUAAGUACAGAGCUUCAAGCUUUACAGAUAUUGCACAGCAAGCAACUUAAAAGUUCUCAUUUGGAAAAGAAUAACGAAAUCUAUCAGGAAGUGCAAACUCUCUGUGACUCGCUGGGCCUGUCAAAGCCAUCAUCUUCUGACAUUCCUCUCUUGUUAAGCAACGUGGAGUCAAAGAUCAAGGACAUUCUUUCAAAAGUAAAAAAUACCCAUGUGGGGAAACCACUGCUAACAACACCUUUGAAUCCUGAUCAGACGGAAAGAUUGGAAAAAAUCAAUGAUGCCCUCUGCAGUGAAUAUGAAUGUCGUCGUCGGAUGUUAAUGAAGCGGCUUGAUGUGACCGUACAAUCCUUUGGAUGGUCUGAUAGAGCAAAGGUUAAAACAGAUGACAUAGCAAGAAUUUAUCAGCCCAAACGUUACGCACUAUCUCCUAAAACAACCAUUACGUUUGCCCACCUUCUUGCUGCUCGAGAAGACUUAUCAAAGAUCAUAAGGACAAGUAGUGGAUCUACACGAGAAAAGACAGCCUGCGCUAUCAAUAAGGUCCUGAUGGGGAGAGUGCCAGACCGUGGAGGCAGACCAACUGAGAUUGAGCCCCCACCUCCUGAAAUGCCCCCUUGGCAGAAGAGACAAGAAGGUGGUGGGAGGGGUGGUUGGGGGGGAGGAGGUGGUGGUGGAAGGGGUGGUUGGGGGGGAGGAGGUGGCAGGGGAGGAGGUGGUGGCUUCAGUGGUGGUGGUAGAGGUGGAGGUGGUUUCCAAGGACGGGGAGACUAUGGGGGCAGGGGGGGUUACAGUGGCAGAGGCGGCUAUGGAGAUCCAUAUGGUGGAAGGGGAGGAGGAGGAGGAUAUAGAAGAUACUAACAACAACAUUGUAAAUACUAAUAACUGACAAAACAUGGUUGUGAUAUUUACUGGUAGCGAGAGGUGUGUAUAUUAGCAAUGGUUUAGUGUUAGGAAAGUUAAUUAUGAUCUCUUUAUUAAUGAAUCACUGCAUUUGAUCCCUGAUAUUAUUUAAUCCUGUUAGUCAACUGAACAUUUUUUUAUACCGAAAUGUGAUGUCUUAAAGUAGUCCCCUUUUUGCACUGCUCAUGUGUGUAUUCUUGAACAGUUUGGUUUUUUAAAUAACAAAUUCCGGAAAAGUGAAUAGAAACAAUGAAUUUUCCUUUUUUCAAUGUUACUAUUUUAUGUUCAGAUCUCUUUAAUUAUUGCCUGUCAUAUCCAGAAUACAGGAAAUGAUUUAGGAGGCAUUUGGCUUUGUAGGCCAUACUUAGUUUUAUAUGCUUUAAAAGGACUGUAGAGUGCUGGUUGCUGCUUCUUGUCUUCUUUCAGUCCUCUGUAUGGAACAAUUGAAAAAAAUGUAACAUCAGAAGUAAAUCUAAAAUACUCUAAAAAAAAUUUAAAACAAAAAAACUUCAUUGUUUCCAAGUGAUGUAUUGAAUCCAUGCUAUUCCAUGGUCAACAAAACAAGGCUAUGCUGUAUUUAUCUAUAAUGUAUACAAAUAUUUCAAAGCCAAAAACUUGCAUUGUAAAAAUUGAUUUGUGAUGAGCCUUGAUAGGUAAAAUGAAAAUGAUUUGCUAAAAGUGGCACUCUAUGAACCUCACUUUAAAAUCAGACCCUGUUACCUGUGAUGAAAAAUUUCCCCAACCAUCUAACACCUAGCCAGCGGUCACUUACACAGUCUUCUGUAACACAUAAGCCCCAGAAGGCUGAGUAAGAUGACUGUGCCCUGAACUGUCCUGUUGAGAAGGAAGUCAGUCACAGGCUCUGUGUCUGGUAUUUGGUCAGUGGGCAAGGGGAGCUCACAAUGUCCUUCUGCCACCUCCCCAAAAAUAAUUGCAGUUGCAAGGAUGAGAUCCUUUUUCUCUUCCUUUGCUUCCUGCCCCAAAACACUACUCCACUCAUUCUUUGUAUCAGUUUGGGUGCUCUCAUUUUGAUUGAAAUUGGUGAGGAUCAUAAUCAUGUAGGAUUUUUAGAGAUGUAUAUGGCCCUAUUAUUUGGCCCUAUUGGCUCCACUGUCUCCUAAGUGCUUGGAAGUGACACAAAUUAACCAGAAAAGGGCACUCUUAUUUGGAAAUAAGUGUGUCCAUGGGGUAAUUAUAGCAGUAUAAUUAUAACAGUAAAUUUCCCUAUGUAGACAAGUCCUAACUUCCAAUUUAUAGGGGUCAGCUAGAGAGAGACCUUUAGGUUGUCCAGCCUGUUUACUCCCCAGCUGUUGGCCAGCUUAGUGGGGAGGCAUUAGACGUGUCUACUCUUGAGACGAGUCCCCAGGGUCUGAUUACCAUGAAUAACAUCUGAGUUGAGCAGAAUCAGAGCCUUUCCUUGGGAAAGGGGAGUAACUUACGUGGCUGAGGCCAAGAAGAAAGUCUCUCAAAACGGAGGGAGCAGUGUCCCUGACUACAGAGCACAGAAAACUUGAAGAGUUUCCGUAGCCUAUGUAGCUGCAGUAGUAGCUUUAAGCUGAAUAGGGCCUGCUUUUUGUUUUUAUGUGCUAGAGUUCUGAGGCUGGAUCCUUCUUUAUUAACUUCUCAUGAAUGUCCCAGCCUAACAUAUUCUGGUUCUGGGGUCCCAUAUGGGUCCCCUUGACUCCAGCAGGAGCCUCAUGUACAUGUAUUUGCGCCAAAAUAUGGCCCAAGGCUAUAUUCAACAUUAAAAAUUAUUCUCUCUCCCUCAAAUAUCUUCCUCUAAUCUUGUAAGAUUAGUUAUAACAACACUUCUGUUGUUUUUUUAAACUCCUUAUUUGAACUUUUCCUUUAGACUGAAUAUAGUUUUUCCCAGCCCUGACCUCCUAUCCUGACUGGAGACUGGCUGAGAGCACUACUUAGGACAUCUGUGGCAGAAGUGAGCUAAACAGUACUGAAGGAAAACUCUACUUCCCUUUGCUUCCACUUUGAGGUCAGCUUGGUGUGAGCAGAGAACCCUUGAAUCCUACAGUAAUGGGGUCAUGAGCAACCAAAGGGCACUCUUUUGAAAAAGCUGUUCAUAGAAUUAGGAAAGUGACUUUUCCAUCAGCAGCUCCUAGCCUACUGUAGCUGUCAGCUGACUGUUUCACUCCGCUUCUGACACUACACAACAUCACCACCAGUUCCUCUCUGCACAUGCUUCUUGUGUUAGAUGGGAGUCACUGACAGCCUCCUGCUGCAUUAGAGAGAGAAGUAGGUAGGGAGUGUGGAGAGCAGUGUUUCCACUGCUUAGCUCUGCCCUGUCAGAUACUUCGGUCAGGAUGGGGACAAAAGUUUAAUACAGAACUCUGCUGUCCUCAAACUGGCUCUGUAGAAGAACAACCAGGAGGGAAAGGGAAGGAAGGGAACAGUUUCCCUUUCUCUCACACACAGUCCCUAAGCUGAAAUUCUGCCUGUUUGUCCCAAUGUAGUGUUUUGAUGACUUCUGCUACAAAGGACAUCUGAAUAGCACCAAGAGGCCGAGGCUAGGAAAAUCUGGCUUGUCUAUAUGCUAUGGUUGCAACAGUUUAAGUAAAAGUGAAAUAUCUUACUGAUUUUUAGUUAAACAGGCACAGCUUUGUGUGUGUAGCCACUCUUACAUUGUUUUUGAACUAGCUUAGCAUGCCUGUGACAGGAUUGACAUAAAUCAGACAGACAUAAAUCAAGUUUAAACCCAUGUAAGAGUGGCCACACAAAGUCAUACCAAUUUAACUAAAUCGGUGCAACAUCACACCUUUAGUUAUAUCAGUGCAUCUUCAGCAUGUAGACCAGACCUAAAACAGAUCUAAAAUAAAAGUGAAAUAAAUUGGGGUUUUUUAAUUUGCCCAUUGAAACUUUCUUAUAACCUUCCAAAAUCUGAAGCAUUAAGAAAGUAAAAUGAACAAGUACGUACACUUCAGAGAUUACAUUAUUUUGUGUCUCCCUUGUUCAGUAUGUAUGGUUUUUAACUUUCAAAAGAUGCAAUAAAAUCUUCUAAAAAUAGAUUUGAUUUAAACCUGUUCUCAAAAUCUUUUUUUAUGUUUCCGUCCUGAAUAAUGAAUUUUCAAGACUUUGGUUUUGGGUAAAUACAGCUUGUGUUUUGGGAGGGUAAUAUGGAUUUUGUUGUAUGUUUGUGAACAUUGGUUUUUUUUGUUUUUUUUUUAAUCUCAUUUAGUGAUCAUCCAUCCAAAAUGUGGGGGUGAGAGGGUGGUUUGAGAGUGGGGGGGGGAAAUUAUUUUCAGAAUUUAAGAAAACACUUUAAUAGCUGUGAACACUGAAAAAUAAAGUACUGUAUUUAAAGUUUGUUUGCGUCUUUUAUACAGUGUGGUUUAGGUCAUCUGUCAUAAGUUGCUUCUGUAUGUUAAAGAAUGGUCUCCUAUUGGUAGCUUGCAAGAAUGGAAGAACUAACUUUGAGUUAAUGGGAAGAAAAGAAAUAUCUUGAGGUCUGUCUGCCAUUUUGAAUUCUUGAGACAGUUCUGCUCGCUCUGGUAGCCACUAACUUUAAUUGAACUGGAAGUGAUGUGCUUUUUAAAGUAUUUUAUGAAAAAUAAAAGCCUCACAAGAAUUGGUGGGAUGAAUACAUUAACACAUUUCUGGCCAGGCUACUGCAUUAGUCCAGAUGGCAUGAUGUUUAAUUUGUCUCCAGUUCUGUCCUUGAAAAGGAGACCGUUUUGAACAUAAAGAGGAAAGCAUAGCAUGUUUGUAUAGGUUUUUUUUCCCCCAUGGAAUAACUAAUAGGCUUUAGCUAUCCUGUGAAAACAUAAUGGAGGAAAGGCUCUUUAGUUUUACUGUUAAGAUAAACUAGGUGAGGUCAAUUACAAGUGGGAUAUGAUGCAACCUCACCUAGCUGCCUCAGCAAACACUACAAAAAUUGUCUCCUCUUAGGGUUUUACAGUGAGAUAACUAAUGUGCAUCAGUUAUCUUGCUGGAGGAAAAAAAGGCUUUAUGUCAAUGAAGACAAAGCCUUCUGCCUGGAAGCUAUGUGUGUGGCAAAAGUCUUGGCCAACUACAGAGUUUCAAGAAGUAACAGCUUUUGAGAAAACAUAGUAACUUACAUGAGUAAGCAGAGGUAGAGCUCAAAAGUAAGGAUUGUAGUAGUUAACAAUGGAAAAGACCAUUCAGAUGUCAAUCUGUCCUCCAUAUGUGCAUCAGAUAUUAGACUGAAGGAAGAUGAAUGGGAAUGGAAGUGGUGAAAGAAAUAUCCUGAAGCUCAUAGUUCAUCAUGCAGAGAUGCUCAUUUCAGAGUAGAGAUUUUGUUGGAUGUAUUUUAGGCAUCAGGCAAGUCUGCCAGAGAAAAAGGCUUUGGAUGCUUAUGGGACAAAAAAAAUUACAAUAGGCAUUAAUUCUGUUUUUAGCAACUUUUAUAAUAUAAAUAUUACACAAAGAAAACUUACUUAUAUGUAAAAAAUCUUUACAAUCUGUACACUUGGUUUUUCAGUCAGUCUUAUUUAACAUAUAUCUUCAGACAGAAUUCUACAAAUUACCACCACUAUAGACGCCGAACAAAUUUACAGAAACAUUAAUGCAGAUUGCUACGAGUGCAACAUUUUCUUUGCUGUUUCCAACACGUAUAAGUUACUUUACAGUAAUUACACCUGACUCCUCUACCUUAGGCAAAUGGUAAUAAAUUUAGUCCUAGUUUGUUCUUGUACCAGUACUAACCAAUCAACACUCCAAAUGAUUAGACUAGAAACCCAAGGACAAGCAAUAUUUCCUUUAAAGGGACACCAUCAACUUAAAAAAACCCAACCAAACAAAAAAACCAAAUUAUACUUCUCUCAGAAAACACAACAGAAUUUUUUUUUAAUUUUUUAAUCUUAAUGCCUUAGCUACACUAAGGAAAGAAGUGGGUGUUUUUAAAUUGGAUGAGCCAUGACAUAUUAACAAAAUUUUAAGAGUUAAAACUUAUCCAACCUAGUUUCUAGACAGCAUCCAAUUCUAAUGUCAGCUAACACAUUUCUAAAAACUCACCAUUGUCCUUAGUCUAGACAAGGCCUACAAUGACUAAAAAUGAAAAAUAUUUCUAUAAAGUUUGUUUUCAGUUUAUUUACUUUGUGCUUUUUGCUUUUGUGUAGUCAGUUGCAUUUUUUCCCCUGUUUAGUUAGUUUCUGUUGUUGGUAUGGGUCUUUCACAGAGCAAGAGAGGAUAUGAAAACAUUAAUAUAAAACUGCAAACAUUCACAGGAACUUAAUGGGCAAAUAUAUUACCUGAAACUACUAUUAAUGCCCUGAAAUUUCCAGAUUUCAGCUGCUUCUCUUUUGGUUGAAUACUUUCAAUAUAUGUGAAACAACCAUACCUCUCUUGUGCAGUCUCCAGUAAAUGGAUCUCUCCCAGUCACUCAAAUAAUCCUUGUACAACCACUGAGUGUACAGUACACCGGGGAAGGCUGGCCUGAUACCUAAUUCUCUACCCCGAACUUUGACCUUCCCCAUCUUUUGUGUGUUUGCUGGGAUGGUGAAUGUACUUUGAAGCAGCUGACAGUCAAGGCACAGGUACAGCAGAGCCAAAAUGGCAGCUGAUUGACUGGAUUUUAAUAUGAAACUAAGAUGAAAUUUUUUGCUUAAUGUGGAAAGAGGGGAGAGGCAGUCUAGCCAGUCCUUAAACUUAAACAGGAGAGAUUUGAUUAGUUUUAUCUCAGAUCUAUAACGUUUUGACAUAUGAUUUGAGCAUUGGCCUGCUAAACCCAGCGUUGAGUUCAAUCCUUGAGAGGGACAUUUAGGGA